AAGUGAUCCAGCGCCACUCACAUGUGGACGGGCACUUUAACACUGACGGGAACGUGCUCGUUGAUGUUGUUGUCAUCCAUCCCGGACGAUCUGCUCCGGCGACGAGCCUUCUGACUCCCGGUUACACGGAAUUUAGAAACCGUUAAACAAACAAACAGACAAACAAAAACUAACUGUGCACGUGCUCCCGAGACGGGGUCGCGGCUGCUCUCCCCGCCUCUCCCCCUGCACGCGCGGCUAAAUGACGGCAUGGAGACCGUGGAGCUGAGCCUGGCUUCCCUGAUCACGAUUUCCAGACACGUCGAAAAGAGUCACGGCGAGCUCGGCGCCUAUUUAACCAAACAGACAUGGAGCCAGCAGGACAGACAAGCCAUCCUGUGCUGUUUGGCUCAGCUCCUGAUAGAGAAGGAGUACACGCUCCUGAUUGCCCGGCACCUGCGGCCGCUCGUGCUUGACCUGCUGGAGAGGAAUGCCGAACGUAUCAAAAGGGACGUCCGGCUCAACCAUGACCUCCACGAGAGACUGUGUGUGGCGCUCAGCAAGCUCCUCAGCGUCAGCCCCGAUGCCCAGGCGUUUGCGGCGAGGUACUUCACCAGCGCGCCGCCCGUCUUUCAGAGACUCUUCUUCACUAGCGAAGAGGCAGCGUCUAUCCAGUACGGCCCCAGGCGCAUGAAGCUGCGGGACCUGAUGGGGGCCACCCUCCGCUUCCUCCAGAGCGACUGCGAGAAGUUCCGCGUGUUGUGGGACUGGAGCGUCUGCAUCUCGCAGCUGCUCACGAGUGACGUCAUGGUCCGAGGAUACACAGCGCAGUGCCUUGCUUUGGUGUCCCACAUGACUGACAACCAGAAAACAAUCUUCCUGAGGAAGGUUCUGUCCAGUGAGGAGAUUCUGCAUCUAAAAAUGAAGUCGCUGGAGGAGACUCAGCAGCUGGAGGUUGAGAGAGCUCUGGUUUUAGCCAAUCAGGGCUCUGUGAUGUGGCAGCUGGAAAAAGGAAAUAAGCUCACCAAGGGUCAGAUGGGGUCAGAAGACCUCUCGCGGUGCAUCACCGCAGUGUGUGGUGUGAUCUUGCCCAGACUGACGCCUCGACAAGAAGAGCAGACGUCUUUGAAAUCCCUGGUGCUGGUGGACUCAACAUGUCGAAACCUCAGGCGGCUCGCCAUGGCCGUGGCGUCCCACAAGCCCGUUCUUCUGGAAGGGCCUAUCGGAUGUGGGAAAACAGCUCUGGUGGAAUAUCUAGCCGCUGCUACGGGGCACAUCAAAUCCCCCAACAUCCUCAAGGUUCAGCUGGGAGAUCAGACAGACAGCAAGAUGUUGCUCGGGAUGUACCGAUGCACAGACAUCCCUGGCAAGUUUGUGUGGCAGCCGGGGUCCCUCACUCAGGCCGUGUCCAAGGGUUACUGGAUCCUCCUGGAGGAUAUUGAUCACGCACCGCUGGAUGUAAUAUCCGUGCUGCUGCCGCUGAUGGAGAACAAGAAGCUGACCAUUCCAGGCCGGGAGGACUGCAUUCAGGUCGCCCCUGGCUUCCAGUUCUUCGCUACGAGACGGAUGUUCUACAGCGGUGGAGCGUGGCACCGGCCUCAGAGCACCCACGCUGCUCUACUAGACAAGUACUGGAACAAGCUUCAGAUUGGGAAUAUGACCAGAGAGGAGCUCAGACAGAUCGUGCAAAAUAAGUACCCUGACUUGGCUGUGGUGGUGGAUCGAUUACUGGACAUUUAUUGCCAGCUGACUGGAGACAAACACCACGUCGCUGUCAGCGGCUCCGGCCCACAGAACCCAAGCGAGGACCGAACCGCAGUGCUGGAAGGCCGCGGACUCUCUCUGAGGGAUUUGCUGAAGUGGUGCGAGAGAAUAUGCGGGAACUUCGACAGCUCCGCCUCUAGCACGGCACAGAACGUCUUCCUGGAGGCCCUGGACUGCUUCACUGCCAUGCAGUCCAAAGCUGAGAGCCGCCUAAAGUUGGCCGAGAUCAUCGGCAGCAAGCUGAACAUCUCCAAAGAGAAGGCUCAGCACUUCUGUCAGAUGUACCAGCCUGCCAUCAGUAUCACAGAGCUGGAGGUGACGGUAGGACGCGCCAUGCUGCUACGGAAACAGAGCGACGCCGUGCGCCUCGAAGUAGAUAAGCAAACGUUUGCGGCUACACGUCCCUCCUCCGUGCUUCUGGAGCAGCUGGCCGUGUGCGUCACGAAAGGCGAGCCCGUGCUGUUGGUUGGAGAAACAGGCACAGGGAAGACCUCCACCGUGCAGUACCUAGCUGGAUUAACAGGACACAAGCUGCGUGUGAUCAACAUGAACCAGCAGAGCGACACUGCUGAUCUCCUGGGAGGGUACAAACCCGUGGAUCAUAAGCUCAUCCUGUUGCCCUUGCGCGAGGCUUUUGAGGAUCUGUUCUCUCAGACGUACUCACGCAAACAGAAUAUAACCUUCCUGGGUCACGUGCAGACCUGCUUUCGAGGCAAACGCUGGCAGGACCUGCUCAAGCUCAUGGACCACGUGUGCAAGUCGGCUCUCACCAAGGAGCUGCAGGACAAGCCCAAUGCUGCGUUGCUGCAGCAGCAGUGGGAGGCACUCGCUCUGAGACUGAGUCAGACUCAGGAGCAGAUCCGAGCUCGGGAGUCGGCCCUGGUGUUUGCCUUCGUCGAGGGUACCCUGGCUCAAGCAGUCAAGAAGGGAGAGUGGAUCCUGCUUGAUGAGAUCAAUCUGGCUGCAGCCGAGACCCUGGAGUGUCUGAGCGGGCUGCUGGAGGGCAGCGCUGGGUCUCUGGUGCUGCUGGACCGAGGAGAUACAGAACCCCUGGUGCGCCACUCCGACUUCCGCCUGUUCGCCUGCAUGAACCCGGCCACUGACGUAGGCAAGAGGAACCUGCCUCUGGGAAUCCGCAACAGAUUUACCGAGCUAUACGUGGAAGAGCUGGAGAGCGAAAGCGAUUUACGCAUCCUGGUCUCAGAUUAUUUCAAAGGCCUUAACCUGAACAGAAGUACCAUCCAUGGAAUCAUCAGUUUUUAUUUGGCCAUUCGUAAGGAGGCGAACUCGCGCUUGGUGGAUGGCACCGGCCACAAGCCUCACUACAGUUUACGCACACUGUGCCGUGCUCUCAAGUACGUAGCGACUAACCCCUGCUACAACGUCCAACGUUCUCUCUACGAGGGUUUUUGCUUAAGCUUUCUAACACAGCUGGACCGCAGUUCCCAUCCCGUCGUGGAGAAAUUAGUGCACCAGUACAUUUUGGGAGGAAACAUCAAGUGUCUUAGACAGCAAAUCCCGGAGCCCCGGGCCCGUGGCUGUCUGCAGAUAGAGGGCUACUGGUUGAGUCAGGGUGACAUGGACCCAGCACUAGACCCUAGCUACAUCCUCACUCCGUCUGUGCGCCUCAACCUCCGAGACCUGGCCCGCGUGGUGGCUGCUGGCAUCCACCCAGUGCUGAUCCAGGGUGAGACAUCGGUAGGGAAAACCAGCCUGGUCAGGUGGCUAGCGGCUGCCACGGGGAACCAGUGUGUGAGGAUCAACAACCACGAGCACACAGACAUCCAGGAGUACAUCGGCUGCUACUCAUCCGAUGAGCAAGGGAAGCUCGUCUUCAAAGAAGGCGUCCUGAUCGAUGCCAUGCGGAAAGGCUAUUGGAUCAUCCUGGACGAGCUGAACCUCGCCCCCACCGACGUCCUCGAAGCCCUGAACAGGCUGCUAGAUGACAACAGGGAACUCUUCAUCGCCGAGACACAGGAAGUGGUGAAAGCACAUCCGAGAUUCAUGCUCUUUGCUACCCAGAAUCCCCCAGGUCUCUACGGUGGCAGAAAGGUCUUGUCAAGGGCGUUCAGGAAUCGCUUUGUGGAGCUGCAUUUUGACGAGUUACCCAGUGAGGAGCUGGAGACCAUCCUGCACCAGCGCUGCAGCCUCCCUCCAUCUUACUGCACCAAGCUGGUCAAAGUCAUGCAGAACCUUCAGUCUUUGCGGCGUGGAUCCAGCGUGUUCGCCGGGAAGCACGGUUACAUCACGCUCCGAGAUCUGUUCCGAUGGGCCGAGCGCUAUAGACUAGAAGAACAGACCGACUCGUCACGUGACUGGCUGCAACACCUAGCCGAUGACGGGUACAUGCUGCUGGCGGGUCGUGUCCGUAAGCCAGAGGAGGCUUUAACCAUCCAGAACAUUCUGGAGAAGCACUUUAAGAGGACGGUAAACCCCGAUGCACUGUUCUCUGAGGCUCAGGUCACCACGCAGUUCAGUCCAUUUGUGGCCAGCAUUGCUGGUAUGCCUGAGGAGUUUGGUCAUGUGGUUUGGACCCAAGGCAUGAGGAGGCUUGCCGUGCUGGUGGGCCGCGCACUCCGUUUUGGAGAGUCCGUGCUGCUGGUGGGCGAUACCGGGUGUGGUAAGACCACAAUAUGCCAGCUGUUUGCUGCUCUGGCUGGACAGAAGUUUUUCGCUGUGAAUUGCCACCUGCACAUGGAGACGUCUGACUUCUUGGGUGGUUUACGGCCGGUCCGACACAUUGGAACAGGGCAGUCGGAUGCUGAAGAUGGCCGUUUGUUUGAAUGGCGUGAUGGACCCCUAGUGCUCGCUAUGAAACAGGAAGGAGUGUUUUUGAUGGAUGAGAUCUCACUGGCUGAUGACUCGGUGUUGGAGAGACUCAACAGCGUACUGGAGACGGAGAAAUCUCUGGUCCUGGCAGAGAAAGGCAGCGGCAAUGAUGACGACGUUGAGCUCAUCAUUGCCGGGAAGAAAUUUCGACUGGUCGCCACCAUGAACCCCGGUGGAGACUUUGGCAAGAAAGAGCUUUCUCCAGCAUUGAGGAACAGGUUCACUGAGAUCUGGUGUCCUCAGUCUAACAGCCGCGGUGAUCUGAUGAAGAUCGUCCAGCACAACUUGCGAGCAGGGCUUUCCUUAGACCAGCACGACCACCAAGGAAAGGACAUCGCCGAGCUCAUGUUGGACUUCAUCGACUGGCUGACCAAUCAGGAGUUUGGGAGGCGAUGCAUCCUAAGCGUAAGGGACAUCCUGUCAUGGGUGGACUUCCUGAACGCUGUGUGCGAGAAGGACGAGGAUCGGGAUGAGAGCAGCUUCAUGGGUCUGGAGGAGAUGGAGGAGCCGGAGUGGGACCGGAGGCUGGACACGGUCACUGCUUUCAUCCAUGCCGCCUGCCUCGUAUACAUCGAUGGCAUUGGAUCAGGUACGACAGUCUCAGCAGCAGAGAAUGUAGCGAAAGCAAGGAAGGCAUGUCUGGCUUUUGUGGAGACGAAGUUACGCAGGAUCACUAAGCUAGAUAAGAAGAUGCAGGAGGCUCUGAGGGUUUACGACACCAGCCUGGUCAGAGAGCCACGCUGGGGGGACGACUUCUUCGGCAUCGAGCCCUUCUACAUCGUGGCUGAUCCUGAGAGCGAAAGCCGCAGUCUGUUGGACUAUGCCCUGGGUGCAGGCACGACAGCAGUGAACACCAUGAGGAUCUUACGGGCACUAAAGCUCCAGAGACCCAUCCUGCUGGAGGGUUCACCCGGAGUGGGCAAGACCAGUCUGGUGGCUGCGCUUGCCAAGGCUUCUGGGAACCAGCUCGUCAGAAUCAACCUCUCUGAGCAGACAGAUGUUACAGACCUGUUUGGAACAGACCUUCCAGUGGAGGGCGGUAAAGGAGGAGAGUUUGCUUGGCGCGACGGUCCUCUCCUGGCUGCUCUAAAGGCUGGACAUUGGAUUGUACUAGAUGAGCUGAACUUGGCAUCUCAGUCGGUGUUGGAGGGUCUGAAUGCCUGCUUCGACCACCGAGCAGAAAUCUACAUCCCGGAACUGAGCAUACGUUUCCAGGUCCAGCAUGAGAAAACCAAGAUCUUUGGCUGCCAGAACCCCUUCACGCAGGGAGGAGGACGCAAAGGCCUGCCGAAGUCCUUCCUCAACAGGUUUACUCAGGUGUAUGUGGACCAGCUCACCAGUGAAGAUAUGCAGUUCAUUGGUAACUCCAUCUUUCCAAACAUCAAUGAGCAGAUCAUCUCUAAAAUGGUUCAGUUCAGCAACAAGCUUGUGACCGAGGUGGCAGUAGAGAGAAAAUGGGGUCAGAAAGGAGGACCGUGGGAGUUCAACCUGCGAGACCUCUUCCGUUGGUGUCAGCUGAUGCAAGCCGACCAAUCACCAGCCUUCUAUAACCCGGGCCAGCACGUUGGACUGGUGUAUGCAGACCGGAUGAGAACAGAAGCAGAUAAAGCUCAGGUGCUGUCUGUGUUCAGGAAGGUGUUUGCUGAAGAGUUCGAGCCUCACUUGGGCUCCAGGCAGUUCCACAUUACUCCUCUAAAUCUGCAGGUGGGCUCGUCAGUCCUUCAGCGCAGCGGUGGCGCGCCUGUCGUCUUGGAUCCUCCUCUGUCGAUCACUCAUCAAGCUCUGCGGCCACUGGAGUCCUUAAUGAAAUGCGUGAAGAUGGGCUGGAUGGCCAUAUUAGUGGGCCCCAGCGCCAGUGGGAAGAGCAGUCUGGUGCACCUGCUAGCCUUGCUGACCGGACACAGGCUCAGGGUGAUGGCUAUGAACAGCGCCAUGGACACCACUGAACUGCUGGGAGGGUUUGAACAGGUGGACAUCAUCCGGCCAUGGCAGCAAGUCUUGGAGAGCAUGGACUACGUGGUGGCCAUGGUGACACGGCGAGGGCUGAUGUCUCUGGACGGGGCGGUUCAGGACACCGAGUUCCUUUUGAGCACGUGGAGCACGUUCCGUCGCUGGCUGAGGGAUGAGGGACUCGACACGGCUGAUGGCACAGUGACGUUUGAGGCUCUGAACAAGCUGGAGGUCAUCAUCGUGCUCCUACACAAACUCAACACCAAGCUCAAGGUCUUCACAGACAUGUCGAAGCUACAGAUGGACUUCACCCUGCUGAAGGAGCGCUUGGCGCAGAUGGAGGACGGUUGGAGUCAUGGCGGUUUCGAAUGGCUGGACGGCACACUGGUCCAGGCUCUGCAGGCUGGAGACUGGCUACUUAUGGACAACGUCAACUUCUGCAGCCCAUCUGUGCUGGAUCGGCUGAACGCUCUCCUGGAGCCGGGCGGGUCUUUGACCAUUAACGAGCGUGGGGUCAUAGACGGCACGACGCCAAGCAUCACUCCACACCCUAACUUCAGGCUAUUCCUCACCAUGGACGCUGCGCAUGGAGAGAUCUCCCGAGCUAUGAGGAAUCGUGGUGUGGAGAUCUACAUCCCGGGAGAGAACGAGGGAGUAUGUUGGGACUCGCUGGACCUGAAGACCAUCUUACACACUCUGGGAGUUACCGGAGAUUGUGUGUGUGACCUACUGAUGACCAUUCAUUCCGAGAUCAAGUCAGCCAUCUGGGACUCGCCGGCAUCCUCUGUGUCGUCUCUGCUACAUGCCGCUGCGCUGUUGUCCAGUCAGCUGCAGAGAGGUGUAGAUCUGCCCAGCGCCCUGCUACAGGCAUGCGGGGAAGCGUACGCCCUCUGUCAGCGCACCACCGCCAACCAAAAGCUUGCUCAGGAGCUGAUAGAGAGGCACUUGGCGGUGCUAGACUCCGAAGAAUGGGGCAGUGGGCUGUUGUGCGCCGGCGUGUGGCCCGACCGAGUGCCUUCUGCCCUGCAGUCAACAGAGGACUCGUGCUUUUCCAGUGUCCAGAGGGACGGCCAGGUUCUCCUCUACUGUCUGAACAUGCUCAGCCUGCACAGCAAGAGGAUUCGGCCGUUGAGCCUGACUGACCUGCAGAGGGCAAUGCAGAGCGGUGCAGCACUGGAAACCCUGCAGUUUUCUCCAGAAGGCGGGGCAGGUGACAGGAUCAGGGACGCCCAGCAGCUCCUUCCAACGGCGGUGCGGAUCCUGACCGAGAGAGCCUCCCACAGCGACUGGGUCCUGCGUACCAGCUGGCUCUCCCACCUCGCCAAAAACUACAAACAUGUACCAGAAGCAGCACUGAUGCAGCUGGAGGCAGGAAAUCAGGCCCUCAAAGCCGUCUUUAACAGCAAACUCGUUGGCAAGGGCAAAUACCUGACUGAGCACCUUCAACCCCACAGCACAGAUGACUACAGGAUCCUGGUAGACAUGCGCUGGAACAAACAGUACCUGGACAUCUUGGCUAACACCUGUAACUUUGAGGACGAGGAGCGAUGUAUGGAGUUUAUGGAGGCUCUGUAUGCUGUCGCCAACAGGAUCAUAAUACUGAUGGACAGAGAGGAGAGAGCAGCUAUAUGCAGCAGCACAGGAAAUACAUCACCAAAUAACAGUGCACUAAGACUGGCCACUGCCUUUUCUAAAGGAACGGUAGAUAUUGCGCAGCUGCCGCAUCCAGUCCUUGUGCACCUGCGCUCUUUCUUUGACCUGUGGGACUCCUUCGUGCUGCAGGCCGUGCAGACGGACCAGCCGAACAUUUCAGACCACCUCAUGUUCGAGAUCCUGCAGCUGCUCCAGUGGAGGGACCGUUUCUGGAACGUGUGUAACUCCUUGCCAGCAGACACCCGCGGAGUGUGUGUGCUCUCCCUGCACUGGCAGUGGGUCCACAAGCACCUGGUACUACGUCUGCCCCAGCUCCUGAUGGGCGAUGGAGACUAUGAAGGGCAGCAAGAGCUGCACACCAUCUCCUCAGCGAUCCAGAACACACUCUCCAGCUCCGUGUCUGUGGCGCUGGCACUAAAGAGCAUUCAGAAAACCCUGGGAAAGCCUCUUCCAUUUAAGUUGGAGAGCGUGGCUGAAUGCUCCGCCCAUCUCCGCCUCUUCAGCAAGGCUCUCGACGUCAAGGACUUGCGCCUGAAUGACAGAACACCGUCGCUGUGGAAACAGGAAGUGGCCCGGCUCCGGGCCGUUGCCAUGAGAAUAGACUGCAAGGAAGCCCUGCUGGAAGGCUGGGGUCUGGUCCUGCAGGCUAACCUUCUUCUCGAUCCGCAGAGUACUGGUGUGCUGGAGAGAUUACAUACCUGUGUGGAUCAGCAGCAGGGACACAUGGCCUCCUGUGGCCUGCUGGAUUCACUCUCUGAAGCUGAGAAUGAGGAGGAGAUGGGCGAUGGCGCAGGUCCAGACCGUGAGCUGUUACUGCGGCUGGCUCGCAGGGCUCAGCUCUGGCCUGUACUGGAGGAACUCGCCAUCCUCAACCAGAUGAAAGUGACUGCAGAUCUGUUACACCAGUCUAUCAUACACAGAGGGAGUAAAAAUGACGAGGAAGAUCUUCGAAGAUCCCUGUCCAACCACCUGCGCUUCUGCAUGCAGUCCACCCCCAUGAAUAUCCGUCUGCUCCAGCCAUUGUGGUUCCUCCUCAGGACAGAGAGGCCUGUAGAGGAGCUGCCAUUAGUGUGGUGCGAGCUGCUUUCCGAGACGCUGGCAGCGCUCUGGAGUGGCAGCGUGACCUCCGAUCCUGAUCGCUGGCUGAAAUGGAACCCUCUGAGUCCAGAGGAGGAGACGAAGAAGAGCUUCCGAUCGCUGCUAGGACCCUCUGAUACGGGUCCAGGCAUGCUGAGCCGAGCUGUGUGGUCACGGUGUGUGCUGGGAGUUUUGAGCAGCAGUGAAGUGGGUGGGCGCUGGGACCCAUCAGGCUCCUCCUUCCUGACCUCAUCACGGGUGACGCUGGGCGAGUGGAGAGAGAGGAUUGGGCAACUCCAGGACCUCAGCGCCGUGCUGUGGGACAACCUGGCCAUGUCCGAACUCGCUGACUUCAGAUUAACAGACCGCAGGUUGCAGGGCCUGGUGUUGUGCCGGCAGCUGCAUGCUCUCUCUGACCUGCUGUCUCCAGGGUUACAGGAGAGCUAUGCAGAAUCCUGCGACUCUCUCGUCGAAGGCGAGGACCCCGUUGGAGCGGCAAAGGACAUUCAGAUCGCCCUACGAGAAGGCCUGCCUGAAAACCUUCUCCCAGAAGGCUUCCUGGACACAUUGGUGACUUGCUUAACCCAGUUCUCCCAUAACCGGGCAUGUGACACGGUCCAGCUGGCCCGGUCUGGGGUGUUCUGGGUGAACAUGGGCCUGCUUCAGAUCCAAGUUUGGGUUCCACAGACGAUAUUUGACCCGGCAGUAAAGAGGGCUUACAAACUCAAAUACGCACAAGACGAGCUUGCCUUACUUCAAGACGAAUGGAGUGGGCGGAGUCUGUCCUCUCAGCUGCUCACAGGGGUGCAGCUUGAAGAGAGCAGCACCACCGAUGCCUUCCAACAUCCCCGAAUCAGGUACCUGUGGAUCCGUAUGCAACAGGUUAAAGAACAGAUCUGUGAGCUCGGGCGUAAACAGGCGUGUCGUCCGGCUGAGCCCCAGUACGGACGCCUAUACCAGGAGCUCCAGCACUACCUGUGCAGCAUCGGGCAGCCAGCAGCAGUGGGUGACCUGCUGUCACACCUGCUCAAGGCCCUGCAGGGUUCCGGCCACAAAUCCCGGCCAGGCAUCCAGGGCCUGUUAAAGGAGGAGGCUGUGUGGCAGGCAUCACAACAGCGUUUUGCCCAGCGCCUGGCCGACGAGUACCCGCUGUACCCCGACGUCGUGGUGCCUUUACGCUCAGCUAUUCUGCAGCUGCAGCACGGUAUGCGUCUGCUGGCCUCCCAAGUGGCAUCUACGCUGACUGCGCUUCCAGGUCUCUCUCGCCUUGUAUCCAUGCUGUUGGCUUUUCCUGCACCAGCACUGACCUCUGAUCUAGAGCGCGCCCAAUACCUGUGCUCUCGGACAUGCAUGGACACCCUUAGAGGGCUGGAGAAGAUGCUUCCUGACACCGAGGUAAACCGCGUGGUCCCCGAGCCUGUCAUGUUACUGCUCAGCGCUCUGUUGUGUCUGCAGAGCCACGCAAUAAGUGCAGGAGAGCUCGGGACGGAGGCACAAAAUCUGUUCAGACACAUGUGUCAGGCAUUGGUGAACGAGUGGGAUGAGCAGGAGAGGAGAGCAAGGGAGAAAGAGCAGAAGGAGGCCAGUUUGUACCGCAGUCGCUCUAAACUACACGGAGGAGGCCUCAGUGAGGAGCAGCAGGAGGAGCGCGAUUUCAGGCGCUCCUUCCCCACGUACCACAAAGAUUUUGCUGAUAUCACCACAGAACCCAGUCUGGAGCAGCCAAUCAUUAUCGAGGAUGAUGACGGAGAGACGGAGUCUAAUGAAAACAGCGUCUUCCAAGUAUCCAGCUGCCAGAACACCAUCGUUCAGGUGCAUCAGAAACUGUGCCUGGCCUUCGCUCAAUCACUGUGGUACCAGUCAAAUCCACAGUGCAAUCGGAGCAAAGAGCACCUCAGCGCUUUGGUCUCGUCUUAUCAGAUCACUGCACCUUUAAUAGCUCGCUUCUAUCAUCUUAUGGACUGUGAAAUGGAUCCUCAGCUGACGGGCUCUCAGCUGCUGCUCAGCUCUGUGCUGCAGAACACGGUUCGGGGCUCCGGAGGUCCGACCGGCCUCAUGCUCCAGAGCGAAGGACCGUACGACUUCUACCAGCAGCCGAACAUGUGCCAGGCUCGGCUCUGCCUUCCUGCCAUCGAGCAGCUGGCCCGCGCAGUCCGCCAGCGUCUAGACGACUGGCCUGAACACCCGGCGCUGGUGCAGAUCACCGUGGUGAUAGAGAGGAUACUGGCAUUCAGUCUGUCCAGCCCACUGGCCAAGUUCCUUAACGGGCUGGAGAUCUUGCUCAGCAAAUCACAGGACUGGGAGAAUAACGCCAGUCGCUCUGUGUCUCUGAGGAGCGAGUUGGAGCCCAUCACACAGCUCAUCAUCCAGUGGAGGAAAUUGGAGCUGAAUUGUUGGUCUAGCAGUCUGGAUAACGUUCUGAGGCGGCACUCGGAGAACUCCAACAAGCGCUGGUUCUCCAUCUACCAGCUGAUAGAGAGAUAUCUGCUGGAGAAAAGGACCGACACCAAACCUGAUGUUAAGGAAGGAGGUAUGAAGGAGAUGCCCCUGCCCUCGGUUUCGUCCACACUGCAGGGCUUCAUGGAGGGAUCCACACUGGGCGAAUUUCACACACGCUUGGCCAUGCUGCUUGCCUUCCACUGCCAUGUGCUGUUGGCUCCCAAACAAGAAGGUCACGACUCGCUGUGUAGUUUGCUGUGGAACCUACACAAGUACUACGCUCAGUUCUCUGACAGCGUCCAGGCCAGAAUCACGCAGCUGAGAGCGCCCAUCGAAAAAGAGCUCAAGGACUUUGUGAAGAUCUCCAAGUGGAAUGAUGUCAGUUUUUGGGCAAUCAAACAGUCUGUGGAGAAAACACACAGGACUUUGUUCAAGUUCGUGAGGAAGUUCGAGGCGGUGUUGUCCGAGCCGUGCGCUCCCUGGCUGGUGGAGCAGAAAAGCAGCGGCAGCAUGGACAGCGUGGACAUUCAACAAGAGGACACACCACUGCACCAGCUCCACCGCGCACUCAAGAGCGCCCUCCCUGGACGGCACAGAGACCUACAGAGCGAUGGUCCAGAGGAGGUCACGUCUGGCAUGGAGCCCUCAUCGCUGCAGGCUCGUCUACCCUCGCUCACAAGGAAGAUGAGGAAGAUGUGUGUGCAGCUGGUGAAGAAGACGCCUCUGCCCGAGCUGUCGGAGGACCUCGACCAGUUUACAGUGGAGAUCAUUGCCAACGUUCAGGCACUGCAGAGCUUGACAGUGGACCGCUCUCUAGAGCAGGAGAGGCAAAAAGCUGAAGCGAAACACAUCCUGCUGCAGAAACAGCGAGCUUUAGCCGACCUCUUUAAGAUGCUGGCGCAGAUCGGUCUCUCGUAUCGUAAAGGCUUGACAUGGGGUCGUACAGCAGAUCCGGAGGAACCGCUGUUUUUGCAGCCUGUAGAAAUGAGAACAACACUGGCUGCACUGAAAACACAGGAACCCACAGAAAACAUGCUGUUUGCUGAGAUGACUGGCACAUGGGACGGCUGUCAGAAAUAUUUCUACCGCUCCUGGGCCAGACGUAAUGCCAUGCAAGCUGCAAUGCAGGCAGCUGUAAAGGAACUCGGUUUGGGUAAUGUGGAGCGAUGCCGGGGCUUCUCCUCUCACCUGUUCAAACUGCUGCUCAGGCAAAGGCGCCGACUCGCCAAAAUAACGGAACACUUCGUGGACCUCAGAAGAUUGAUUGACGCCGUACAGGAUAUCCGGUCUCACACGGCCUUGGGAGAGAAAGACGAGAGCGGUCUUCCCCCUCAGGACUCUCUCAGCAGCUGGGUGGUGAAGGCGCGGACGCUGGCGCAGCAGUGCUGCGCGGCCCUGCGGCAGCUCUCCUGGGUGCUGCAAUGCUGUCCCGAGGGUUCCUCUGCAACGCUGUGCCCGUCCAGAGAGGGCGAGGGUGAGGGCGGGCAGGGCGAGGCCACCCUGAGCCACCCCACGCCUCUGUCAGCUCACCUCCAACCUCAGGCGUGUCUAAUGAGGCGGGGCGAGGCGAGCUGGAUGGAGGCCGUGAAGAGCAUAGAGGCUUUGCAGAGCGAGAGCACACAGCUAAAGGAGCGGCUUAACGCCCUGGGUCAUGAAUCUACACAAAGAGCGAUCCAAACCAGGAGGCACUUAGAGGAGUGCUGCUCAUGUGUGCAUGGAUUGGGGGCGCUAGCAGACCGGAUGGUGGCUCUGGAGCACCUCUUUGACCUCGAUGGCAGUGACUUGCCUCGUUCGCAGCCAUGUCUGACACGAGGCUUACACGGCAUCAGGAUGGAGGUGAACACCUGUGUCAUGGAGUUCACAGCCUGGAAAUCACAACUGCUACCACUCAGAACAUCAUCCAAACGUUCCGCAACGUCAUUCCGGGCCGAGUUCUCAGAGCAACUGGAGAGAACCAUAAACACGGUUCUGUGUGCCGUGCAGGGUCUGGUGAAGAGGAGAGAAAAAGAGAGAGAGGAGGAGCAGCCACGGGACAGCAGGAAAGAGAGCGAUUCUGAGGUGGCUGAGGAGCUCCUGAAGCCGGGACACCUGAGCCGGUUACUGGAGGAGGACCUGAGUGGAGACGUAUCGUGUCUCUCCCUGGCUGAGGUCAUUGAGGUCGUGGAGAGGUUGCUGGAGAGGCUGCGAUCCUUCAGAGACACGUGUCCAGCACGGCACUUAGGGGAGCUGAGGGAGGCCUGCAGGGAUCUGGUUCGCUUGGAGCCCAUGCUGUGUGUGUACUCGGAGCUGGUGCGCUGGUACGUGGCGGUGUGUCUGGGCGCUCACCGCAGCACGGGCAAACUGCUGUCUGUCCUCGCCAGCAUCUUCACUGACCUCGCUCAGAAGGGAUUUUGUUUGCCCCAGGAGUUAAUGGGUGGAGGUGAUGGAGAAGGAGCUACGGAGUUCCAUGACUACGAGGGCGGGGGGAUUGGAGAGGGAGAGGGUGUCAAAGAUGUCAGCGACAAGAUUGAAAACGAAGAUCAGGUUGAGGACACGUUUCGGGAAGGACAGGAAAAGAGCGAAGAGGAACCAGACAAGCGAGAUAUUAAAGAAGAAGACAAUGCCAUCGAGAUGUCUGAGGACUUUGAUGGGAAAAUGCAUGAUGGGGAGACGCGAGAAUCAGGUGAUGAGGAGGACUCUGAUAAAGAGGAGGAUGAGGAGCUCGAUAAGAAGAUGGGAGACCUGGGAGAUGGGCCGACUGACACCCUUGAUGAAAGGAUGUGGGGUGAUGAUGAAGAUGAUGAUGAUGAUGACGACCUGGAUAGCAGUGACAAGGAGGAAGAGUCCGGGCCAGGAAUGGACCAGGGAGAGUCUGAGCUGGUUGCCAAAGAUGACAACAAAGAAGCUGGGGAGUCGAAUAAAGACAAGAAAAACAAUGAUGAAGACAAUCCAAUGGACAAUGAGGACGAGAAGGAGAAAAUUCACGAGCAGGUAGAUGAGCGCGAGUUUGACGAGAACGAGGUGGACCCCUACCACGGUAAGCAGGAGAAGAAAGCUGAGACAGAGGCCAUGGAUCUUCCGGAGGAGCUCAACCUGGAUCAGGAUGAACAGACAGGACAGGAUGAGGAUGGAGAGGGAGAGGGAGAAGGAGAAGCUGAGAACCCGUACGACAUCGAGGACAAACCCAUGGAGGUGGACGAGGCCGAGGGAGAGGGAGAGGGAGAAGAAGAGAAAGGCGAAGAGAUGAUGGAAGACCUGCAGGACACUCAAGGUGAAGAAGCAGGAGAGGAACAGAAAGCAGAGGAAGAGACGGGAGGGGAGCAAACAGACGGAGACAGAGACUCUGAGACGGAUGAGAGAGGAGAAAACGAAGGAGAAGGGGAUGAGGAAGAGAAGGAGAAGGGACAGGAAGAAGGUAGAGAGGAGGACAAGGCCGUCCCUGCUGAUCAGGGCCAGAAACCAAAGAAUGAGGAGCAGGAUGGCGAGGAGGAUGAUGCCCAGGUGGAGUCUGCUGAGAGAAAGGAGCACGCGACAGAUGGGCAGACCGGGGAGGAAAACGUUCAAAGCGACACAGCAGUGGAGUUGGCAGGAGCCGCAUCCGAAAGAGACCAGGCCAAAGAGGAACACGGGACCGGGUCGGCUGACGCCAGUCAGGCUGAGGGGCACGACUCUACGCUGAUGGCCAGGAUGAGCUCUCAGAGGCAGAGACAGAAACAGACACAGAGCUUUAAGCGGAAGCCGGGCCGGGCGGAUAACGAGCGUUCAUUGGGCGACACCAGCGAGCGUGUGCACAAGCGUUUGCGUACAGUGGAGAGCGCAGAGCGGAGAGAGCAGGAACACACUCCCAACGAUGCCCAGCAGGAGUCCGACAUGUACGAGCACAUCAGACACGGGGAGGAGAAGUACGACACGCAGACAUACGACACAGCGAGCGCAGAGCAGCAGAGACCAACUUCUAUGAAGCAAGAUGACGAUAAUGACGACGACGAUGACGUUGCUAUGGAUACAGAGGAGGAGAAAGAGAUGCAGGCAGUGGAUGCUCCAGAGCUAAAGCCAGAGAAGCUGGACAGCUCCAAAGCCUCUCAAAGAGGUUUGGAAAGCGGAGAACUGGACACCCAGAAGCAUGAUCAGGAAGAAGAAGAAGAGAAACCAGAGACGAAGACGAGUCGUGAUGAAGAGCAGAAGAGGGAGAGGAGUAAAGAGUCCACCAUACACACUGUGCCGGAGUUACUGACGGAAAUGCUCAAGCUCCAGGUUAAAGAUCCAGACCUGCUAAGAAGAGAUUUAGAGCUACAGUUGGAAGCGUGGCAUAAGCAGACUCCAGGAUCUCUGGAAGAGGAGAGUGCAGCAGCAGCGAUGUGGCAGCAGUAUCAAGCGCUCACCUCGCCUCUGUCGCAGCAGCUGUGUGAGCAGCUUCGCCUCAUUCUGGAGCCCACACAGGCUGCUAAACUCAAAGGAGAUUACCGCACAGGAAAACGGCUGAACAUGCGUAAAGUCAUUCCCUACAUCGCCAGCCAGUUCCGGAAAGACAAGAUCUGGUUGAGGAGGACGAAGCCCAGCAAGAGAGACUAUCAGAUCUGCUUGGCUGUGGACGACUCGUCCAGCAUGGUGGACAACCACUCCAAACAGUUGGCGUUCGAGUCAGUCUCCGUGAUCGUGAAUGCUCUCACCCUGCUGGAGGUGGGACAGGUCGCAGUGUGCAGCUUCGGUGAGAGCGUCCAGCUGCUCCACCCAUUCCAGCAGCAGUUUAACGACCAAUCAGGAGCUCGAAUCCUGCGCCUCUGCCAGUUCCAGCAAAAGAAGACGAGAAUAGCUCAAUUUUUGGAGACUUCAGCCAACAUGUUUGUAGCAGCCAAACAUCAAAAUCCAGGCUCUGCAAACACAGAGACGGCACAGUUGUUGCUGAUCGUCUCUGACGGCAGGGGCUUGUUUCUGGAAGGGAAGGAGAGAGUAGCGGCGGCGGUUCAGGCCGCUCGCAGCGCCAACGUCUUCGUCAUAUUUGUAGUGCUGGAUAACCCCAACUCCAGAGACUCCAUAUUGGAUAUAAAAGUGCCCAUCUUUAAAGGACCGGGUGAACUGCCAGAGAUCCGCUCCUACAUGGACGAGUUCCCGUUUCCGUUUUACGUGAUCCUGCGCGACGUCAACGCCCUGCCCGAGACGCUGAGUGACGCUCUGAGGCAGUGGUUCGAGCUCGUAACUGCCACCGACCGGUAACAAACCGCCAGGAAGCCGCAACUGCACAAAUCCUCCCAGUGCUGCUAGCCUCCCGGACACGGAGACGUACACAGAAGGAUACACACAUGCGCGCGCACACAUAUAUACAUAAGCAUCAGACCGGCUGCUGUACAUGUGCCUUUUCUUUUGUUCUUGGUGUUAUUUUAUUGAAUUGUAGUUUGCUAGAAAUUGCUGCUCUUGGUUUUCUUCAAUAGGAAGUUGAAGAGCUUUGGAUUAUAACAGUAUUGUUAUUUUCAUCUUUCUCACUUCAGUGGAUUCUCUUCCAUUUCGAGCUAAACUUAAAUGAACAUUUUCAACACAGUGAGAGACAACGGGAGAUGUCUUUAGGCUCGGAAAUCCUCGUACACAUCCGGUUUUCAGACGUGACGACUGUGAAUGGCACUGUAUGAUUGUGUCAAAAAAAAAAAGAAAAAAAAAAAAAAAGAAAAACAGAAGUGCAUGUCGGACAUUUUUUUGUCACGAUGCGUUUGCAGAAAUCCAGCGAAGAAACGUGCCUUUGGAAGAACCCCAGUCCCAGCUCGGGACAGAAGACACCAGAAGCUCAUCGCUUGUACACACUUUCUAAGAUUGUUCCACAUUUCCAUACUGUAUACAUUAAUCUGAGCUACAUGCAUGGACCAUCGCCGGCUCUCUCACUAAACAGACUGAAUUCAAAUGUUGAUACUUUUUAAGACUUUGUUUCCGUUAACUGUGUGAAUUCUGCAUUCAAGCUGGUAAAAUCAAUUAAAAAAAAACCCUUCACAUAGACGAUUGAACUCAAGCUGUAACUCGUGUAUGUUUCGGGUCUUUAGCGUCCUCCUACGAUUAAUUAUACAUUUCAGAUUGUGGACUGCCAUUUUCAUAAUGAACCGACUUUGUGAGACAGAAACAUUUGUUGCAUUAAAGAAAUGCAUUUUAAUGUGUUAUCUCUGAUUUCGUAAAAACAGAAGACGACCUCGGAUACAGAACAAGCCGUACAUUUUGUUUAGUGACUAUAAGAAAAAAAUCAGGGAAGAAUUUUCAGAUAUUUGGUCAGAAUUUCCUUCAGCUCUUUUGAGAGGCAUCUUCAAUAAAUAAAUACCAAAAAUAGUAAAUAGAGGAAUGCAGUAAAGGCAUCGUUGGACUUUUGAGGACAUCAUCAUCCAAUUUUGUUUGAAGUGUUAAUGCAUUUAGAUUUCUUUAUAUAUUUAUUUUUUUUAAUAGUGUGGAGCACAACAACUAUAUUUCACAUCCUUGUUUAAAAUCAGCCAAAAUGAACACAUUAGAAAGGUCAGAUUGUGUAAAAUAAACAUGGCAUACAAUAAUUAGUGACAGUCCUGCACUCGAUAAGGCCUAGCGACCAAUCAGAGAUCACCUUUGUUCCCAAAGACCAAUCACUGAUCACCACUGUUUGUCCCGCCUGUUCAUUUUAAAAUCUCUUCUUGGUUAUGUUUACAAGUAAUAAAAGCGAGUUAUUCCAUCAGUAA